GCAGGCCUGGCUCUGGCUGUUUAGCAGCUAUAGUAAUUUGGCCUAAUGAUUCUUUUAACGUUCCACACCAGAAGACUGGUGAGCCACGCUUACUGUGGACUGAAACCAGCCUCCCAAAAAAAGAGCAUAGCACUGGAAAUGACACGCCCAAGUUCUAAUCUGGCUGAUUUCAGAGAAGCCUUUGCAAAAGCAAAGCACAUUGCAGUGAUUACUGGUGCUGGAGUCAGCGCAGAGAGUGGAGUGCCAACGUUCAGAGGAGCUGGAGGAUACUGGAGGAAAUGGCAAGCACAGCACUUGGCAACACCUGAGGCUUUUGCCAGGAAUCCUUCCCGUGUAUGGGAGUUUUAUCAUUACCGAAGGGAAGUGAUGUUAACAAAGAAUCCAAAUCCAGCGCAUUUAGCCAUUGCAGAAUGUGAAACCAGGCUCAGGAAGCAGGGGAGAAAACUGGUGGUCAUCACACAGAACAUUGAUGAGUUACAUCGCAAGGCAGGCUCCAGAAACCUAUUUGACAUUCAUGGUAGCUUGUUUAAGACACGUUGUACUAGCUGUGGAAGAGUUAAAGAAAACUACAAAAGCCCCAUUUGUCCAGCUCUUGACGGAAAGGGUGCCCCUGAGUCUGAUGUACAGGAUGCCAAAAUCCCAGUAGAACAACUUCCACGGUGUGAAGAAAAUGGCUGCAGUGGUCUUUUGCGUCCUAAUGUUGUUUGGUUUGGAGAAACCUUGGAUUCAAACCUCCUUGGAGAAGUGGAAAAAGAACUUGAGACGUGUGACCUCUGUGUGGUGGUUGGAACUUCAUCAGUUGUGUAUCCUGCGGCAAUGUUUGCACCUCAAGUGGCUGCUAGAGGAGUGCCUGUAGCAGAGUUUAACAUGGAAAAUACUCCAGCUACCACAAGCUUUACGUUUCAUUUUCAUGGGCCCUGUGGAACAACUUUGCCACCCGCACUAGCACGCCACGAGACAGAACUGAUUUCUUGAAUUGAACACCGUAUGCAAGGAGCAGAUGUUCUUAAGACAUUACUGUGUAUUCGGUGUAUGAACAAAGGUCUUUACUAUAGGAAGACAAAUGAAGAACGGAGCAGCAAUCUUGCAAGCAAUCCCUUCACAGUGUUGUUGAGAAGGCUAAUGUCUGUCAUGUAAUAAUCCUUGUGGUUGCCGAGACUAUUCUCCCCUCGCACUAUGGAAGAUAAUUGGCACCAUAAAUUUAUCAAACGAUUGUGUUUAAAAAUGGAAUCAGCCUAAUUGUAAACCAGCACGCUUGCUGGUUGUUAUUCUGCUUUAUUAUAUCUGUUACAUAAAAUAGUUUUCUGUAUAUUUGCAUGUUAUUUUUCUGUUUGAUCAAUGAAAACAAUCAAUAAAAAAAGCCACUGGGCAUUUUAAA